GGUGAGAUCGGAGCAGAACCGAGCCGGAAAAUGCAGAAGAGCGUUCGCUACAAUGAGGGACACGCUCUGUAUCUCUCCGUGGUGGCGCGCAAAGAGGGCAUCAAGCGCGGCUACCUCAGCAAGAAGACCACGGAGAACAGCAAAUGGCACGAGAAGUUUUUCGCACUUCACCAGAAUGUGCUCUUCUACUUCGACUCCGAGCAAAGCGCGCGACCCUCAGGCAUUUACCUCCUGGAGGGCUGCACCUGUGAGCGAGUCCCGGCGCCGAAAGUGUCCACAGGGAGCAAGGAGACACUGGACAAACAGCACUAUUUCCUCAUUGUCUUCGGUCAUGAUGGCCAGAAACCUCUGGAGCUCCGUGCUGAAGAGGAAACUGAGUGCGACGAAUGGGUGGAGACCAUCCAACAAGCCAGUUAUUCAGACAUUAUCAUCGAGCGUGAAGUGCUCAUGCAGAAAUACAUCCACCUGGUGCAGAUUGUGGAAACGGAGAAGGUGGCAGCCAAUCAGCUGCGUACCCAGCUGGAAGACCAGGACACAGAGAUUGAGAGACUCAAAGCAGAGAUUGUAGCCCUGAACAAAACCAAGGAGAGGAUGCGUCCUUACCAAGUAACCCAAGAAGAAGAUGAUCCAGACAUUAAAAAGAUUAAAAAGGUCCAGAGUUUCAUGCGAGGCUGGCUGUGUCGGAGGAAGUGGAAGAUCAUCGUUCAGGACUACAUCUGCUCUCCUCAUGCUGAGAGCAUGAGGAAAAGAAACCAGAUUGUUUUUAACAUGGUGGAGGCUGAGACUGAGUAUGUCCACCAGCUGUCCAUCCUGGUAAACUGCUUCCUCAGGCCGCUCCGCAUGGCUGCUAGCUCUAAAAAACCUCCUAUUAGCCAUGAUGAUGUCAGCAGCAUCUUCCUCAACAGUGAAACCAUUAUGUUUUUGCACGAGAUAUUCCACCAAGGCUUGAAGGCGAGGAUAGCAAAUUGGCCCACCCUGGUUUUAGCUGAUCUCUUCGACAUUUUGCUGCCUAUGCUGAACAUCUACCAGGAGUUUGUACGGAACCACCAGUACAGCCUGCAGGUUUUGGCGAACUGUAAACAGAACAGGGAUUUUGACAAGCUGCUAAAACAAUACGAAUCCAAUGCUGCAUGUGAAGGAAGGAUGCUAGAAACCUUCCUCACAUACCCUAUGUUCCAGAUUCCGCGCUAUAUUAUAACUCUACAUGAACUCUUGGCUCAUACACCGCAUGAGCAUGUAGAGCGGAAGAGUCUGGAGUUUGCCAAGUCCAAGCUUGAAGAACUUUCCAGAGUGAUGCAUGAUGAGGUGAGUGACACAGAGAACAUCCGCAAGAACCUGGCUAUCGAGCGCAUGAUUGUGGAAGGUUGCGACAUCCUCCUCGACACGAGUCAGACGUUUGUGAGGCAAGGUUCUUUGAUCCAGCUACCCUCGGUGGAGAGGGGGAAGCUCAGCAAGGUGCGACUAGGCUCUCUCUCCCUGAAGAAAGAAGGAGACAGGCAGUGCUUCCUGUUCACCAAGCAUUUCCUCAUCUGUACCCGUAGCUCAGGGGGCAAGCUGCACCUGCUCAAACAAGGUGGUGUGCUGUCGCUGAUCGAGUGCACCCUCAUUGAGGAGCCUGACGCCAAUGAUGAAGACUCUAAGACCUCAGGCCAGGUGUUUGGCCAUCUGGACUUUAAGAUAGUGGUGGAACCUGCAGACGCCCCAGCAUUUACAGUGGUGCUUCUGGCUCCAUCACGGCAGGAGAAAGCAGCCUGGACCAGCGACAUCAGCCAGUGUAUUGAUAACAUUCGCUGUAAUGGCCUGAUGACCAGUGUGUUUGAAGAGAACUCCAAAGUCACUGUGCCGCACAUGAUAAAAUCUGAUGCGCGUCUCCAUAAAGACGAUGUUGACAUUUGCUUCAGCAAGACGCUCAACUCCUGCAAGGUUCCCCAGAUCCGAUACGCCAGCGUGGAACGGCUGCUGGAGAGGCUGACAGACCUGCGCUUCCUUUCCAUCGACUUCCUUAAUACCUUCCUGCACACGUACCGCAUCUUUACCUCUGCCGCUGUGGUCAUGGACAAGCUGGCUGACAUCUAUAAGAAGCCCUUCACCUCCAUCCCAGUCAGGAUCCAGUAUCCUUCAUUUGAUCGGUUGUCCAUCACAUCAUUCUCUUCUGAUUACAGCAUCAAGAUGAGGAAGCUAGUCAUGGACCAAUCAAAGUCCCUGGAGCUUUUCUUCGCCACCAACCAGAAUAACCGCUCCAGCAGUACGGGCAGUGAGCAUCCCAACGAGAGAUCUCCACGCCUGUGCAGGAAGUUCUCUUCGCCUCCUCCUCUGUCCAUCCCCUCACGCACCACCUCUCCUGUACGGGCCCGUAAGCUCUCCCUCAACUCUCCACUCAGCUCCAGGGUGGUCGCACUUGACCUGUCCAACCAUAUGUCCUCCUCGGCUGCCAGCAGCCCCACUUCGUCGAACCCCUGCACUUCGCCUCCUCCCUCUUGUAUCAAGUCUCCUCAGGAUCCUUCACCUGAGCAGAGUCCUGGCGCCAAUGAUGAGAGCACAGACACACCACGCAUUGACGCACUGUCUGGAAAACUGCGUCGCAGCAUCCGGAGGGCUGUCCUGGAAUCAGCAUCAAUGGAUAAGUUCAUCCCAGAGUCUCCACAAGGCAGUGAAGCUGGUGAUCUCUCCCCCUGCAGAUCCCCAUCUACACCACGACACAUGCGCUUCAGAGGUCCUGGAGUGCCAGCAGCAGAGAACUCCCGUUGUUCAGUGUCUCCAGCCUCAGCUUUCGCUAUCGCAACAGCCGCAGCUGGCCACAGCAGCCCUCCAGUCUUCAACAACUCGGAGAGAAUGUGCGAUAAAGAUUUUAUCAUCCGAAGAGCAGCCACUAACCGUGUUCUGAACGUCCUGCGUCACUGGGUCUCCAAACACUCCCAGGACUUUGAGCUGAACAGAGAGUUGAAGAUGGGUGUGAUGAGCCUUCUGGAAGAGGUGCUGAGAGAUCCUGAUCUGCUCCCUCAAGAGAGGAAAGCCACUGCAAACAUAUUGAAUGCUCUUUCGCAAGAUGAUCAGGACGACGCUCAGCUGAAGAUAGAAGACAUUCUGCAAAUGGCUGAAUGCCCAAAGGCAGAGUGCUUUGAAUCCCUGUCAGCGAUGGAGAUAGCUGAACAGAUUACACUUCUCGACCACAUAAUUUUUCGAAGCAUCCCUUAUGAGGAGUUUCUUGGUCAAGGCUGGAUGAAGAUGGACAAGAAUGAAAGAACUCCUUACAUCAUGAAGACCAGUCAACAUUUCAAUGAUAUGAGUAACCUGGUAGCCUCACAGAUUAUGAGCCACACGGAUGUAGGCUCCAGGUCGAGCUCCAUAGAGAAGUGGGUGGCCGUAGCUGAUAUUUGCCGCUGUCUCAACAAUUACAACGGUGUCCUGGAGAUCACCUCUGCCCUGAACCGUAGUGCCAUCUACAGGCUGAAAAAAACCUGGGCUAAAAUCAGCAAACAGACGAGAGCACUCAUGGAGAAACUCCAGAAGACGGUGUCAUCAGAGGGACGAUUUAAAAACCUGAGGGAAACCUUGAAAAACGGUAAUCCACCAUGCGUCCCGUACCUGGGCAUGUACCUUACAGACCUGGCGUUUAUUGAAGAAGGAACUCCGAACUUUACUGAAGAGGGUCUGGUUAACUUCUCAAAGAUGAGAAUGAUAUCUCAUAUUAUCCGUGAGAUCCGACAAUUCCAGCAAACACCUUACAGAAUCGAGCACCAGCCGAAGGUCACACAGUACCUGCUGGAUAAAGCCUUGAUUAUGGAUGAAGACACACUGUACGACUUGUCUCUAAAGAUAGAACCCAGGCUUCCUGCUUGAACCGCAGACUUGACAUGAGACCUCCGACUAUCAAACAUGCUUCACGUUCGCAGGCUUUACUGAUGCCAUGAUGCUUGCUAUGGUCAAGCGUUCCCAGUGUGGAGAAUCAGGAGUGAAUAAAGAGCAGAAAGUCAUAGUUUGAAGUUCGCUGAAGAUAAAUAAGGCAUGAGCUAAUUCCACUGCUACUAAGUUGGAAAUCAAAGACCGAGAGGGUUCAGGUGAAAGCAGUGACCAUGUGGUAAAGAGAACAGCGAAGAAAUGGAAAUGUAGCAUGUACAGCAGCAGAACUCUAUCGCGGUAGAGAGUGGUUCCAGUACUGUUCUCUCAUAGCUCAUGCUGGUAACUUUGUCCGUCUUUCGCCCUCGUCUCUCCAAGUCUGAUGUCUCUGAGCCGCAGAGCAAAUGAGGAUCUGCUUGGUACUUCAUUUGUUCGUCAUUUUCCCCAUCCCAGUACAUUUAUAUCUAUUUUGCCACAGGAGAGUUUAAUGUCUGGGUUUGUCAGGGGAAGAAAGUGAAAAUGUACAGUAGCUCUUUACAGGUUUCAGCAGGUCACAGAUCACAGUCUAUAGAGAUGGUGCUUCAAAAAAUUAUAUAUGCUUUGUUUUGGAUCCUCUUAAACAAUAUGCUGUAAAGAUACAUAAGUAGAAUGUUUUACAAAAUAAAUGAUUUACAAAUCAUGCGCAUAACAAUAUAUUUUAUAUAUAAAACACAGUGUGUCUAUAGAUAUAUAUUAUAAUAUGUACUGUAUAUAAACACACAUGUGAGUUAAAAAUGAUCUGCACAUACAUACAUACAUAAUCUCCUUGCUUUGCAAUUCGUAUUCCCAAACAAGUGAAAGUCUGAUGGAUCAGGGUUAUUAGGAGGAUUCUUUAACACCUCAAAACAAAGUUUUUACAGAGUGUUGAUAGCAUAGGCAGAGGGGUUCAGACGUGCAUCGUCAAGCAAGAUCACACCCUUGGAUAUUAGUCAUCAGCGUUUCAUUCAAAGUUUAGGCUUCAGCUCUUCAAUGCUCUAAGCAUCUCUCUCUGUAACAAGCACUGUUGAUUGUUGAACCUUUUUUCCUAAUAAUGUUCCAGUACUGGCCCUUGAGGAUCCCUUGAGAAGCUGAUGGUUGACUUUUGAACUUUUUUCUCAGUCGGUGAUUGAGGAUGUUUCCAUUCCGUACUCUCCCAUUUGCUCUCAGGCUCGUAGUGAUAAAUCCAUGUCUUGUCACCAGGAAUGAUUCUCUUUAAGAAACUUUCACCUUCCUUAGAGUAUUAGUCCAAAUUUAGUUUUACACCCUCAGACCACAAAACAUUAUGCUCUUUUUUUUAUGCAAAUCAUAAGUGCAAAUCAAUUUUUGCUUGCACUGCAAUUACAAAUAAACUGAUAUAAUACAUUCACGCCUGCACAGCAGUGAUUUGGGAGCCAACAGUAUAACUAACACAUGUUCUAAUAUAACCAGUGCAGAUAACUUUUGACUCAGCCUUGUGUGUGUAUAUAUAAAAUGUUUCUAUAAUAUAAAUAAUAUAUAAUAAUUAUUAUUAUUGAGUAUGUAUAAGGUGC